GAAAUGUCAGAUGAUUCGGGGCCAACAGACCCAACUGAAGCGUGGGAGGACGGCUGGUUAGAGCCCACUGAAGAUUGGACUGACAAUUACAACAAGUUUAAGGAGCAGGAUGGAGCAGGAAUUGCUAUCGCUGUGAUUGCGUUAGUCGUAGGACUAUUUGGACUGGCAGCAAACAGUCAGAUCUUUUUGUUCUACUGGAGAAAGAGAAAGGAUCUAGUUCCCUCACUCUAUCUAACUCUAUCCUGUACUGACUUUCUGGUGUCUCUGACUGCAAUCCUUCAUUUUGUAGCGUUGAUACUGCUAGUUACAGAUCAAGAAGAAUCUCCGGAGAUGGUCGUAUUUCUGGCAGCAGUAUUUGCCAUAACGACCCUGAUAUUGCGAGUAUCAGUGUUUGUAAACGUGAUACUGAUAGUAGUCCGUACCAUCAACAUUACCAGACCCUUCUACCUGAUCAACAGAAGAGCGUUGUGGGUAUCUGUCCUCAUAUGCCUCCUUGUCCUCCUCCCUCUAAUCUUAUACGACACUGUGCGGAUCAGGCAGGAUCAGGAGGAUUUCUACGCAACUAAAGUACGCUAUGUGUUCCUCCCGUAUGUAGGAGACUACGCAGUCAAGGAUAUAGUCAUGGCAUUGAACCCCAUUACCGCUGGCAAGGGCAAGAAGACGGUAGUGAGUGUUCCUGAGUACGUGACUUUUGCAACGUCCUGUGCUCCGUUUAUAAUUGCAGUGCUGAUAUCGCUAGUGUGCUUAGUAGUGAACUACAGAGAGCUGAGAGCUAGCAAGAGAGGGCUGAGUAAGACGGGGGCAGGGACUGCGGAACAGGACAUCACAGUCACCAUUGCACUGCUCACAACUGUAUUCUCUGUGUGCAAUACAGUUUACAGUCUCUGGAUAGUGCUUACCUGGGCCUUUAAUUGGGACUAUUGGACUGAUCAGGUGGUUUUACAGCUGUGUUACGUAACGAGCACUCUCUUCCCUUUUAUUAGCUCUUCUCUCAACGCUAUUGUCUUGAUCUGGAGGAGUAAGACUUUGAGAGAGAGUCUGAGGAACAAAUUCAGAAGGACAGUUGAGCCGAGCAAUCCGACUAAUAAAUCGUAUAGUACUGUAGUUACUAAUGUAUCUCUCGCUACUACUGAAGUUUAACGUGAAUUUAGGGAGAUUAAGUGAGGUAUAGACCUCCACUUCAGGCAGUAUUAAAGUGAGCGUAUUAAGCCCAAAUGGUGGUCGUGCAUAGGCUAUCCAUAAACAUACAUCUGAAAUAAAAACUCACAGAUCAGUAAUAAAAGUUACAGUACAUAAAUUUCGUUAUUAGUGCAUUUAUUCUUAGUAAACACUAAACACUUAAGUAACAAUUGUGUCGUGAAACAUAUAUAUGUAUGCUGAACGAUUAUCUGUAAAACGUGGUGGUCCGUAAUUUCCGUAUAUUUUAUGGUUUAAAUUAGCAUACAUAUUUAUGGGAUAUUUGGUUGUAAAUUAUACAUUUGAUUGGUAUUUCAUAUGAAUAUAUAGUAUU